UCCAUGGACGUCCGAUUUAUGACAUCUUGAUCUCUCCAGCUUCAGGCCUCAUUCUUCGAUUAAAGAAUCCCCCUGUGGCUCACAAACGUGUCAAAUAGGAUCAGAAAUAACUAGUGUUCUUUCAGAAAAACAUAAAUGACAAAGAUGACGGCGGUUCUCCCUCAAAGAGAGCAAAGUACUUACACUUUUGCCAGUCAGCCUCGAGCUGUGCAGCAGAGGAAAAAGUACAGGGAUAUUCAGGAAGGCCCAGAAGAUGUCGAUGGCAACCAAUCAUCGUACGGUAACAUCAUGUACGACAGAAGGAUUGUUCGUGGAAACACUUAUGCUCAACACACAUUACCAGUAUCUGCACAACCCGACCCAAUUGAAAUUCAAAGACAGCAGGAGGGCCGUCGUAGGGCUAUUGCCAGGAAGCGUGCAAAGGAGCAGCUCCGACCUAAGUCACCGGAGGCAGUGGAAGGGAGAAAACACAUAGAUGUCCAGACUGAAUUAUAUUUGGAGGAAUUGAGUGACCGCGUGGAAGAGGCCGAUGUAGAAUGUCAAACAGAUGCCUUCCUCGACCGGCCACCGUCACCACUUUUUGUUCCAGCAAAAUCUGGUGUGGACUGUGCUACUCAAAUUUUAGAAGGAGAUCUCUUUGACUUCGAUAUUGAAGCUAAACCAAUCUUAGAGGUUCUUGUUGGAAAGACCGUCGAACAAUCAUUGCUGGAGGUGAUGGAGGAGGAAGAACUCGCGAAUCUGCGAGCUCAGCAGCGAGCAUUUGAGGAGCUGCGUAACGCAGAGUUGGUUGAACAGCAGAGACUGGAAGAGCAGGAGAGACGUCAUCGGGAAGAGAAGGAAAGGCGUAUGAAACAACAGAGGGAUAUUCUCAAGAAGGAGAACGAGACAGCUGACAAGAUUGCUGCCCGAGCUUUCGCUCAGAGUUACCUCGCAGAUCUGGUACCCUCUGUGUUUGGGACGUUAUCAGACAAUGGUUACUUCUAUGAUCCUGUUGAGCGAGAUGUUGAGCAAGGCUUCAUGCCUUGGUUGAUGGAACGUGUGGACGAACAGCUCAACAAGGCUGUACACGGACGUUUGGUACUUGAUGGAAUUCUGCGAGAUAUCGUCAGGAGUCGUACUGAUCUUUUCGAGCAGUUGGAACAGAAGGAACAGCAAAAUAAACUAGCUCAGGAGGCUGCCAAACAGUUGGUUGAGGACAAGAUGGCAAGCGGUAUUCCAACCAUUUCACUGGAACCUGAACCUGUAGCCGUAGAAUCACAGGCGGAGACUGAAGAGGCGCAAAAAGAGCCAGUUGAAGAGGAAGAACCAGUAGGGCAGACACAAGAAGCAGAAGAGGAGGAGGAAGAGGCAUAAGAUACUGAAAAUCAACAAACUUUAGAACUCCUGAGGGAAUGAAACAUUCCUAACAUUUUUCCGAAACAGUUGUUACCGUCUCGUAAAUAAAAUGAUAUCAUGGUGGUUGCAAGAAGAGACACAAAAAUGACUCUGAACUUCACAUAUUUGUUUUUUUUGUCCCAUUAUUGACUUCAAUCCAAUAGGUCAUUAUCAGGCCUUCAUUAUCAUGAAGUGGUAUCAAUGAUUAGACAAUACUAUGUUACACAUUUACAUUCGUUGUUAAAAAUGUACUGUUGAUGAUAAUGAUAUAUAUCGGAUUCAAAUUUUUCAAAAAAACCCAGAAUGUCUGUGAGCACUUUGUACUUUCUGAUGCGGAUUUACUUUAUAAACUCGUCUAUUUUAUCAUCCAGGUUGUGUAUCAUUGAAUCCAUAUUUCAUGCCACAUUUAUAGACGUGCUGAAAUUCCUUGUGUGGGGCAUUAUAGAGUCUAAAGGUACUCCUUUUUUGUCCGUCUGCCUCAUCUACCACUAAAGUUGUUGCGCGUCAUCUGCGGUCUUUUAUCAAAUGCUAUUUACUGGGCCACGAAGUAAACCUGUUGUUUUGUCUCGUGGGGUUACUCGAGUCGGUCCAGUGGUGUAUCCAAGGUGGGGGGGGGGGGGGGGACCCGGCCCCCGUCCCUAUUUUCUGCAGACUUGAAAAAAUAUUGUUUUUUAGUGAGAUGUUCAUGCUGUGUCCUGAGCUCAGCGCCCCCUCCCCCUUCUCAUAGUCCUGGAUCAGCCCUUGCAGUCCAUCUAUUAACAGAGGCCUAAUAACUUCAUUAUCAGAUUCUGAUAUCGCAUCAAAAUUCCCAAGAGUCACAGCUUACAUGUAUUUCUCUUUCUUUCUGUGUAUUCUAUUUCUACCACUGAAGUGAUGGGAAAAUAAUAUGUUAUUUCUUCUGUGGGUGUACUAUGAUUAUACAUGUAGUUUGGGGUCAGCUGGUUAUUGGGGAGUCCACUUUUUUUGUUUAGUUUUUUUCUGCAGUGCUUCUGCCAUUAUGCGUUACUGGGAAGCUGCAAAUCAUAUCAGGUGUGUAACUUAUACAAAAGUCCGACAUUAAUCCCACAGAAUGUUUUGCUCCCUGAUGUGUUUGAUUAUAACAGUUUCCUUGAUGGGUCUGCAAUUUUUCUGCACACUUAACUGUGAUUGUGAUAGGGAAAUAUUGUGCAUAAAUGUGAUGUUUGUAAAAUAUAGUCAAAACUUUUCUAAAAACUGUAUAUACUAUAGCGACCAGGUCACGAAGUUCUAAGUGUACAUGUAAAGUCACGUUGGGUUUUGCGGUAUCUGCAUGUACAUGUAUCUUAGCCUUGCAAAUUGGUGUAAAUCCCAGCAAAUUCAUGAGUCUUUAUAUUAAAGGGGUACACCGUUCGUUAGUACUAGCGGUUCAGUUAAAUAGAAAUCCACCAAUACACAAUGCCAUAGUGCAGUUAUUAUGAAUACGAAUUUGUAGAAACUUUGUAUUUAUAGUAUUUGGCUAUCUGUCUACAGAAAAGCAGUGCUGAAAUUUAAUUUUAGUGUGUAUUUACGCAAUUGAUAAUUUUCAAAUUCAAUAACAGGUUAAAAAUUUUUAACGAACGGCGUAGGCCUUUAAAGGGACAACUUGGGCGUGGUCGUUAUGUGGUAUGAGAAAAAUACCACUGAUCGACACCACAUGUGCUCUCACACUAUAAAGCUGAUCACUAAUAAAUGAUUUUUGUUAGUGUUUGUGACGUAGUCUUUAAUUUCAGGUAUGACUACGAAUUGCAAUCAAUUCUAAUGCACUGUUUAUUGCUGUUGAAUGAUUUUUCCGUGAUCCUGUAUUGAGAAGUCACUACUUUAGUGUGAAAAAGCAACACAUCUUUUGCCCUACCUGUCCCUUUGAUAAGAGGGCAUAAAGUUUGGCAGGUGAGGCCAAAACAUGAAUAAUCUUGCCAUCAUUGGUGAUUUCGAUUGACAGCACCUGUGAUCUCAUAUCAUACCUACUGAGACGUCUGGUCAAAAUAAGAUUUGUGUAGUUUUACACAGUUUAUUUAUUUUUUUUGUCCGUCCAUUCACUAGAAUUUGAAGUCCCUCCAUAUUGUGUAUAAUGUAAUAAACAGUUGUGCCAGACAUACAUGUAGUUGUUGAUUAUAUUCUUGUACAGUCAAUACUAUACCCUGAAUAAAUGGAUUUAGUAAAAAUGAA